CCAAGUUCUCAUUUGCCAAUCACAAAAAAAAAAUAAAAUAAAAUAAAAAAAGGAAAAAAAAAAAAGGCAAAUUCAAUUAGAGAGCAAAAAAGAGAGAAAAAAAAAAUGAUUUUCUUAGUGGUUUCACAGUCUCAUUUUUGUGUUGCAACGAUUGUUUUCUACACUUGCGUUUGGAUCCCGCUUCUCCAACUCAAGAAAGCUCUGAGUGGGAUAUUGGGAAUGGUCUCCUUCAUUUACCAGCGGCCAUUGAUGGACAUCACUACCUCCAACACUGCUGCUGAGCCAUGGCUUCCUGUCUCGAGGUUCGUCGACUUGCCGGGUCGGGGCACGUGUCAAAGGAGGAGUGGGCAAACCAUGGAAGAGAGUUGCUCAAUCUGCUUGGCUGAGUUUGAGGAACAAGAUGUGGUCAGUCAACUGUCUAAAUGUGGUCAUGUUUUCCACAUGAACUGCAUUGAGAAGUGGCUGGACUGCAAUCAGUUCACUUGCCCACUUUGCAGAUCUUCUUUUCUGGAUAAUGUGAACGCUAAUUCUCAUGAGAAACCCCUUGAUGAGAUUAAUCCUUACAUCCCUUCUUACCUUGGCUUUUCUUGGCACUGAUAUAUGUUUACUUUAAUGUAAUUUUUUUUAGUUCCUUUUGUAGUUUUUUUUUUUUUCUAAAAUUGUAAAAAAGAGAAUUAUUGAUGUUAUUUCGUCUCGUC